GGCUGCAAGCCUUCCUCCAGCAACUUCCCAGUAAGUGCGGGAUCAGAUGCAGCCACCGCCCCGGAACCAGGCCUUCUCUGCUCUGCCUUCCAGGAGGGGGCCCAGGAGUAGCCCUCGGGAGUGCAGUCUCCCGAAAGUCCCGAAGUCCCUCUGGCCAUCCGGCGUCGAACCAGGAGGAGGCUGGGAGGGGGCCGCCCUCCCCGCGAGGCUCCAGACUCCGGCAUUUCCUCCCGGCUGCCCGGCGCGGCCUUCCCCUCCGAAAGGAGAAAAUCCCGGGGCCCGAGUAACCCGGCUGAUCGCCCCCGGGCGCAGCUGUGGCGGAGCCAGGAGGGCCGCCCAGGGUAGGGUAGGAGUCCGGGGCAGAAGCCAGCCGAGAGCAGCGCGGCUGGGACUGAGCGGGACAGGGACAGGGCGCGGUCAGGGACCGGAGCGGACUGCGCGGGCGGCUCCUGAAAGGGGAACUUGAGCUGAGAGUGGAGGCAGAGCAGCGGGGCUGCUGGCCCCGGCGCUGCGAGCGGGGAGCCUCCUCCAAGGCCAAGGACACGGGGGCCUCGGGGCCUCCGGGACGCUGCGCGCAUGCUGGACAGGGGACACCACCCGGGCUCGCGCCCUGGGCCGCCCGGGCUCCCGGCAUGUCCGUGCGGUACACGCUCAACCUGCGGGUCUUCUGGCCCUUGGUGACCGGGCUGUGCACGGCGCUGGUGUGCCUCUACCAUGCCCUACGCAGCAGUGAGGAUGCCCGGGCCGAGCCCCCCGACGGCGCAGACAGCGGCUUCCCGCUGCUCAAGGUGGCCAUCCUUCUUCUCCUCGGCUACAUCCUCCUACGAUGUCGCCACGCCAUCCGCCAGCGCCUGUUGCCAGGCUCUUCCCGCCCUCGUGGUCAUGCCAACUUCUCAGCUAGAUCCUUGCAAGAGCCAGGCCUGAGCAUCUUACUGGAGAGCUACUAUGAGCACGAAGUGCGCCUGUCGCCACAUGUGCUAGGUCACAGCAAGGCACAUGUGAGCCGGAUUGUGGGGGAACUGGUGCAAGCUGGCCGGGCCCGAGGGUCUCCCGGCCUCAUCACCGGGGGAGCGCUGGCUUUGGCCUUCCGGGGAGACUUCAUCCAGGUGGGCAGCGCCUAUGAACAGCAUAAAAUUCGCCGACCCGACAGCUUCGACGUGUUGGUGCCACUGCGACUCCCGCCGCAGGUGGCGCUGGAGCCGCGGAGCCUGGGGACCGAACCCUCGCUGACCCCGGCCUUCCGCAGCUGCUUCGUGUGCGCCCUCAAGGCACCACCCUCGCCAUCGGGGGCCUCGACGGGCCAGUGGCAUCGCGACUGCAAACCCUUCGCUGAAGGCUUCUGUGUGGAUGUGCAGGGCCGUCGCCACCUCUCAGCUACCCUGGUACUGCGCUGGUUCCAGGCGCACCUACAGCGCUCCUUGGCCACUGUGCGCUACAGCUUGGAGGGUCGCUGUCGGGUCAGCCUGACCCCAGGCGGUCUGGAGCAGCCCCCCACCCUCCACAUCCUUCCUUGCCGCACGGACUAUGGCUGCUGUCGCCUUUCUAUGGCCGUGCGCCUCAUCCCCGCUGUCCACCUGGGUGAUGGCGUCUUCCUUGUGGCACCGCCACCACCACCCUCGCCUAGCGGGGCCCUGUCAGAGCUCCCGGGUGGCCUGCGCGCCGAGGCACUGUGGGGUGUGAACACAGCACGUCAGGAGCAGAAACUGCUGGGCUGGCUUCAGGAACGGGCGACUCCAGGUGCCUGCUAUCUCAAGUGCCUGCAGCUGCUUAAGGCCCUUCGAGACUUGGGUGCCCGCGGGCUGGACCCGAUGGCUGCUACACACUGGGGACGCAUCUUGUCCUCUUACGUGCUCAAAACGGCGGUGCUGGAGGUGCUUCUGAACGAGGGCGGCCCAACACCCAGCUGGGACGAGGCACACCUGAGUGAGUGCUUGGAGAAGUUGGUGAAGUUCCUUAGGGACUGCCUGCUGCGACGCCGAGACCUCUUCCAUUGUGUCCUAGGUCCGACUGGGGCAGCUGCAGAGGUUGGCCCUCUGCCCAAGGUGCUGCGCGAGGCAGCUCCUGUUGACCUCCUGGCGCCUUUCGACCUCCACUCCCGGGAGCUUGCAGCAGCGCGGUUGCUGUCCACGUGGCGAAGGUUGCCCCAGCUUCUCCGGGUCUACGGUGGUCCCCGCUACCUUGCCAGGUGCCCCGCACCCCGGAGUCAACGCAUCCAGGGCUUCCCUGAAGAUGAACCAUGAACCCAGAUUACACUCCACCGGACCAAAUGCCCCUUUCCCAGGGGAUGAGAGAGCAGAUGGCAGCUAAAUUCAAGAUGAGCUGUUCAAGGUGUGGAAAAAUUUGAAGGAUGUCACAGGAUUUGAUGGAACAAAUGUUCUGUCCUGGGCUCCAUGGCCUAAGAUAUCAGUGGCAUCUUCUGCAGACCUAUUAGAGUAUCUUGGGUGGUUUCAUACACAGAUGUCUCUGACCCCAAAUUAUUAGAAGCAAUUAUUUUUGAUAUACUUAUUUGGUAAAUACUAGGUUCCCAAUUGGCUCCUAGCUUUGGAGGGGUGUUGUAUGUGUAUGUUUCAAUGCUGGGGCUAAAAUCCUAGACCCCUAUGCUAGGCGGGCCCUUUACCACGAAGUUACAUCCUGGGCCCCUAGUUUUUUGUUUGUUUGUUUGUUUUUGUUUUGUUUUUAAAGAAUACUUAUCCACAACUGGAAUUGAAAUUCUAGUCCAGCUGUUAGCAUUCCAGAUUUAGCUAUUUCCAUGAGCAUGCAUGUAUUUUUUAGUGGUGCAAUCACAGGUUUGUUGAAUACGAUUAAUGCAGUUGUCAUAAAUUAAGUGACCCAUGCUAAGAGGUGGCCAAGAGCUGGUCAGAGACUUUCAGAGCAAGUGGCACUUUAUGUCUAGUCAUUGUCUUGUUCUGUGUUUGUUGGAACCAAGGGCUAUUCAAAAGAGCUUCCGAGCGGUUAUCUGAAAGACCAGGGCUCUGAAAAGCAGUCAGCCAGCCGCCAUCAGCACUCCUCCAGGUCAUAGGUGGGGAUUUGCACUUGACACUCAAAACCUGUUCAUUUGAGCCAGGCAGAAUGCAGAGGGAAAAAUCCUUGAUUAAGACAGGUCUGGCAAAAGUGUAGAACAUAAGUCUUUUAGAAGCUCCUGCCUAGGGUUCACCUGGAUACAACCCACUUAGGCUUCAGAGCUUCUGAGCAAAGGCCCCCGCAGGCUUGUCUCAGAGCAUAAGGACCUCUGAGAAGAAAGAAAACGCUUGAUGUGCUGUCUAGGAGGGUAGGGUUCAGUGAUGCCUGAUAUCGGGGUGGUGGCUGGGAGGUUCUUGAUUGCCCGGGCAGCCUUACAUCGAAUUGAAGACCAGUCGAUUCUUGCUUCUGCUUAUGACUUGUAAAAUAGCAGCUUGAGGCGUGUGCUUGGAGACCUAUCAGUCACCAGCAGUGGGCAGAAGAGAUAGGCGACAGGAGCAGAGGGAGAAAAGAGGGAGCUGGCUUAACAGUCUUUGCCCUUCUCAGCCCUAACCUUCUCUGGCCUGGGCGCCCCUUGCUGUUGUGAGGAGCCCAUUUCCCACUACCUCCUAUCCUCCCGCCUUCCAGACAGCUUCCAAUAGCAGUUCAAGUUUAGAAAGCUUCCUCUCUUCUGGUGGGAAGUGUGGCCAGUCUCAGUCAUACACUUAGGGAUUUAAAAAACAAAAAACAAAAACAAAAAAACCCACAAAGAUCUGUGCUCCCUUAGACUCCUUAAAGUGAAGGUUGGAAGAUAAAAAUAGUCACAUGAAUAGGGUCAUUGUUUCAUUUCUUAGCUAUGUGGAGGGAACUCUGCAAACUCUCUUUCUUUGGGACACCAGGUUGGCAAUCCAGGGGAAUAGAUUGUAGGGACUUCUCAUUUGUCUUUUGCAACUCCCACUGAAAGAGAAAGAGCUAUCUCAUUAAGUUGUUUUGGGGACCGUCCCUCUUGAUACCCCAGAGGUCAUUCUUAGAUUUUUGAGGCCAAUUUUUGGUUAUAAGGUACGGCAUUGGAUGAAAGGGUUGUUCUGUCAGCCUCUUGCAAAGAUAGAAACUGCACAGUCAGUUUGAUUUUAAUUACUUUAAAAAGCCAGUGCCAAGGGAAGAUUGUGCAUGUGUGUGUGCAUGUGUAUAUGUGUGUGUCUCUGUGUGUGUAUCUGUCUCUCUCUGUGUGUAUGUAUGUGUGUGUGUGUGUGUGUGUGUGUACAAUACACACGUGAUUUCUACACUCAGCCUAUUGCUGCCUCUGUAGUCAUUAAGUUAGAACAGGGGAGAGGCAAAUUUCCAACUAUUUCUAUUUUUAAAGUCGAUAAUAUUUUAAAGUAUAAAUCUGGGUAGGAUCAUAAAUAUGAAUAGCUUAUAUAAAUAUAUCUUUCUUGUAGGGUUUUUUCUUUUUUCUUUUUUUAUUAAUUACCCAAAGCUUCAUCCCGCCUCAAACUUUUAAAGUUUAUUAUUAUUAUUAAAUUAAUGGGCAUUGUGUUUGUAAAUUUUUUAAAAAAUAUUAAUGUUUUAUUUAAAUGCCAUGCUGAACAGUUGUUCUCGCUACGUGGCAACAAAAACUUAAGAGAUUUCGAUCAAUUUUGAUCAAUAUUUAGUGAUCUGAAACAUGUACUAUGUACAGAUGCAAUAAUACGGCUUUGAACUGAGUCCAGUGGCUGCCCAGGGCCUUUCAAUUCAGCUCAGUUCUGCACUUCAUUACGGCUACUGUCAUGGCCUCUAUCUGACAUGCAUACACCUUUGGUGUAUAUUUGGUGCUGGAGAGUCAUAUAUGCCAAUAUUCUCAUAUACAAUGACUCUACCAAAAAAUAAAGAGUUGUUUAGCCAGUGCCCAAAGAAAACCGUUUUGAGGAAGAUGACUCAGCUCUUUUGCGUCCAGACACUUCAGUAAUUCCCACUGCCCAGCUCGGAGCCUUCCUGGAAUGCUCCUGGGCUGGGAGAAUAUGAGUUUUGCAAAAUGAACGAAGGACAGUAUGAGUGGAUGCAAAUAUUCUCUGAGGCUUUGGGGGAGGAGGUCUUAAGGUGUAUGUGAAAGGAAGAGAUGGGAGGGAGAAGGGUAAAGACACCUCAAGGGUGGGAGAGAGUUUUGGGUGAGGAAAUGUGUUUUUAAGUAUGUGCUAUUUCCGGUCAGGAGUCACAAACUCAGUAGCCUAAAGGCAGGGAGAUAAAUAAGAAGGGGAGGGUGUGGGGACUGUGCCUACCUUAAAGGAGGCAGCUCACCUCAGUUCCAAGAUGGAAAAUAAAGGGUUGGGCCAACAAAUUAAAAUACUAACGCUCACUGGUUUUUAAUUUAAGAAGUAAUUUAAAAAGUCUAAAACCACCAAGUGAGCCAGAUAAGAUAUCCGGUUGAACCUGAGGCCACCAGUUUGCGACCCCUUGCCUUACACAGUUAACCUUCCCCCAGGUAUGUAUAGGCUUAUAUUCUUUGCCAUAGAGACAGUGGUUAAAUAUAUAUAAGUGGGGGGGGGGUGUUAGUUCAUUUCUACUUUAUCUCUCAGAGUUAAACUUUGUUAUAGGAAUAACAGCAGAAAAAAAUAA